CGUGCAGUGCUUUCGCCCCAAAAAGGCCAUGGCUCCUCCAGGCUUUGGACGGAAGCCUGGAGCUGGAAGAGGUUCAUUCCUGAGCGCAAGUUGUGGCAACAUUAUGCCUCAGAAAAUGCAGGCGGCGACACUGCGGUUUGGAACGACUUUGACCAUGCGCCCUGUAUCACGUCCCAGCUCCGCUUCCCAAGCUGCUACAUUGGUGCGUCGUGCGGUUGAGGUCCCGGAUGACAAGGUUGAGAACAGCGACAAGAUGGAUGGCAGCGGCAGCAAGCCAAGUCAAGCCAGAAUUCGCCCUGUAUCCGCUGUGCCGGUCGGACUCUCUGGAUCAAUGCCAACGGCCACAUAUCCAGCGAGGACGAGACCGCAGUCAGCUGCUGCUACAAAGUUGGCAUCACAGGGUUUUGCUGCUGCCAUGGUCGCCGUGAAACACUCAACUCCACAAAUACAAAGACCGACCUCUUCGCUUGGCCACAGCCACCACAUAGGUAGACUGGUGGGUCGAGGGCGUAUCGCACACAUGGCAGCUGCAGCACAAGCGAGAAAUCAGAGCCCUCCAAAGCGAGCUCUUUCAGCAGGACACUCAGCACCCUGCCUCCGGCCGGCAAUUCGACCAGAGGUGACCGUCGAAGCUCCAUCCGCAGGCUUGGAUGCCAGACAAGGGAAAAGGCCUAGCCAGGAGAAGUUGCAAGGAGACAAGUGUGUUUUCGAGGAAAUCAUGCGUACUGAUGAAUUCUUUGGCACGAUCUUGAAGGAGAUUAAGGCUAGCUACAAGUCGACAGAGCAGCCAGUACCCACAGUUUUUUCCGAGGCAUCUCCAGCAGAGAUUGCAGUGGAUGCCAUCAGGAGGCCCUGGAUUGAGGAUGGCACCGACACCAAUGACUGUGACACCGCAAGGGCAAACAGCAGUCCGCUUCCACCUCAGAAGGUUCGACAGCUGGAGCAAGAAAAUCUGGCGCUGCGCGAGCUCUUGCGACGCUGCCAUGGGCAGCUUAAGCGAAGACCUGUGGCCAGCGCGCAGUCGGAACCGCUCCCAGUGGCGGCUGCAACAAGCUUGUCAGUGUGGUCUUCUCCAGAGCCGCUAGCAGCAAAAAUGCGACGGCCUCCGCCCGACAGGCCGUCCUCAGUUCCUGCCCUCAACCUGUCCGAGAUCGAUGAUGAAUCGGAAUACGAUGAGGGAGAGGAGGAAGAGGAUGACUACUACGAGGACUACCCACUUCACAACCCCAACGCUUUCGCAGGUGCCGGUGCCUACUGAUCGGGAAGCUCUGACCAUCAGUCUUGCGACGCCAAAGCCAUUUGAAGUAUCUAGAAUUAUCUUACGUUUCAAUUCGUUUCACUGAUUUUCAAUGUCAGAUAUGUAAGCUUCUACGGAGUCACUGCCAAAGAUUGGCAGAGAGUGCAGAGAGCAUCAGAACGCCGACAUCAGAGCAGAGAUGAGAGUGUGAAACAAA